GGACCCUGAACACACCUCCACGGACCCUGAACACACCUCCACGGACCCUGAACACACCUCCACGGACCCUGAACACACCUCCACGGACCCUGAACACACCUCCACGGACCCUGAACACACCUCCACGGACCCUGAACACACCUCCACGGACCCUGAACACACCUCCACCCAAAUAGACUCUUCCCUGCUCAUGGCUGGGUUUGGAAUGGGAGGAGGAGGAACAAAUAAAAAGAUAUCGGUCAAUGGCUCCUCUUCAUCCAGACACAGUUCCUGUAGGGGUGUAUCUGGUACCAUUUUAGACUCACUCAUACACAGCAGCAGUAUCCAGCGCAUCAUAGACAAAUACACCAGGGAGCUCAACUUUUCUCUUAGUACUGCUGGGAACCAGACGGGUCAAGCUGCAGUACUAGAAGGGUCAGUGUGUGAGGAGCCAAGCUCCUCUGUGUCGCAGCAGAAGCCCUGGUCUAAGUUACUGCAGGAGAAUGAGGGACCAGACAGGUCACCUGUUUUGGAGUCAGGAGCUCAGGGGCAGGACCAGGAAUGGGACAACACUGUCAACCGGAUCAUGGAUCGCCUCUCAGACAAGUCCUCCUCAUUGGUUCUGGACCAGGGGCGGGACUCCACUUUCAGCCCAAUGACUGGCCAGCCCUCGGAUAAGUCAUCCUCGCCGGGUCAAGGUUGGGACUCUACUUUGAGCAGAAUGAUUGGCCAGCUCUCAGGUCAAUCAACCUCACUGGACCAUGGGUGGGAUUCGACUUUGAGCAGAAUGAUUGGCGGGCUCUCCAAUCAGUCAAUCUCUGUCAGCCAGCGACUGGACCAGUCAUCCCAGUGGCUAGAUGAAGUCCAGGAUGAGAGCCGGGUGAUGAGGCCUCUGGCUGGAGAGCUGGAUGAGUCUGCUGCCCAAUGGAGUGGGAGCUCAGAAGCUGGUGGUUCUAACUCCCUAGGCUGGGUGGAUCUGAGGGUCUCGGGCCAGACAGGAGUGUUCUCUGAUCCAGAGGGAGCCCCUGAAUCCCAGUUACUGAGCAGCUCCUCUCUCACUGUACGGGAGCCUCCACACUACCAGAGCCUGCAGCACUCUGGGGCCUGCUCCCAGGAAGCAGACAGGACUGGGGUGGAUCCAGCCUCCGACUCCUUCCACCCCCUCCUGGCUGAGGUCACGCAUAACGAGACAUCCGAAACCUUCAUGACCUUUCACCUUCCAGAAGAGGAAGUGGAGGGGCUAUGUUCCCACGAUGAAGAUGGUGACCAUGAAGCACCUGCAGGGGACCUUGAGCUCUCUGCAUGCUCAGAGGAGUUUGAGGAUGACACAGACCCCUCAGUCACCUCUGAACCGUCUCCUGAGCGCCUGAGAGGAGCGGAGGAACCACCUCAGUCCUCGCCCGCCCCGCACGACUCCUUGUACCAGCUGACCAUAUCCCAGUGCCUCCCCAAUGACUCUGCCCUGCAGGUGUCCCCCAGAGCGGAGGAGGUUGGUCUAGCAGCCUGUGAAGAUGUCUCCACUUUGGACAUGCCACUUGAAGGAGGGGACACUGAUAUGGAGAGUACACCAACACCUCAGAGACUUGACAAAAGAGGUGCUAUUAAAAUUGAGGACCUAGAUGCAGGAGAGCCAGAUGACCAGCUAUGUUCAGAGUCAAAGAUCAGCCCUCCCAUCUGGGAGAGAAUAAUGGAGGUGGGCAGUGUGAAGGGGAUUAUGGAUGAGUCCAUGCUGACCCUGGUGAGCCUGACAGACACCACACUACAGGGCCAGGAACUCACUGAGGAAGGAGAGAUAGAGGAAUCAAAGUCGACGAUGUUGCCAGAGGAGGACGCCAGUCUACAGGAGAAAGAGACAACCCCCUCUCAUGCAGUGAUGCUACUGGAGUUCCAGUCGUGUCCCAGCGUGAAUCUACAGGAGGCCUUCCAGCAGAAACGCAGAGCCCUGAUCCAGAGGUCUGCCCGCAGGGUGGAGGAGAUUCAGGCCAAGAGGGAUGGAGCCAGAGCCAACACAAUCACCAGGGCCCAGUCUGACAUCAGUGAGAGUAGGGCCAACACAACCACCAGGGCCCAGUCUGACCCAACCACUGUUCAGUCAACCACUUCUAAACCCAGGAAAGAGGGGAGGAGUGCAGAGUCAACCCAUGCAGGAGGGUAUGCCAAGCAGAAAAGCAACAGCCAAAGCCCCAAACUCCCUUGCAGCCUCCCAUGCUAGCCAAGCUGAAGAAGGUUGGGGAGGUGAGGAUCAGCACUCCUGAGAUAAGGAAACAGGACGUGGCUGAGAUGCAUAAGAGAACAGAGAGGUUGUACAGCCGACUAGAUGAGGUGAAGCUUCAGAAGGAGGUCAGGAGCAGACAGGUGGCAUAUGCCAACAACAGGGAGAAGGCCAAAGAGUUUCAUACGAAAACCUUACAGAAGCUACGGGCCAAGCAGUCUUCGCAAUGAUUUUGAAGAUCGAUUGCUGUUGUCAUGUGUGUUUGCACGUAUUUUGUACUUGUGUGUAUACAUGUAUUUUUGUGCAAUUUGCAAUCAGUAAUUUAAAAGAUAAUAUUUGUAAUAAAGUGUAUAUACAUAAAUUA